CUGACGUCAGGGGGCGGGGGUCAUGGCCGAGGGGGCGGAGCCUACACUCAGGGAGGAAGCGAAGCCCCGCCCCGCCCCGUCCGCUCCCCGGCCCCUUUGGGUAGGCGCGCGGGGACACGGCCCGGGCUGUUUCUGCGAGGCCGUGCGUGGCCAGCCGUCCUGAGCCCACAAAGCGACCAGGUGUGUCUCCCAGGAACCAGAGGCAGACCUGGGGCAGCACGCAUGGGUUCCUGUGCCGGGGAGGAAGGCGUGGCCCCGGCCAUCCCCCCGCUGAGGCCUUGCGAUCAGUUCCACCUGUUUGUGAGCUACAGCAGCGUGGACGCCGUGUGGACCCACAGGCUCACUGGCCGCCUGGAGGCCGAGCUCCCGGGGCUGAAGGUGUGCCUGCACGAGCGGGACUUCACGCCCGGCAGGAACGUGCUGGAGAACAUGGCAGGCUGCAUCCAGCAGAGCCAGAAGGUGCUGCUGGUGCUGAGCGAGGACUUUGUGCAAAGCCGCUGGUGCCUCCUGGAGGCCGACCUGUCCCUCGUGGGCUCCUGCCUGGAGAGGAAGCCGGUCCUCCCCGUCCUGCUGCGGCCCUGCCGGGUCCCACUGCAUCUCAGCCACCUGACCUACCUGGAGGCCACAGAUGGCCGCUUCUUCCAGAAGCUGGUGCAGCUCCUGUGCACCCCCAGCCAGCACCUGGCGCGCCCCCCGGCCCUGCGCUCGGCCCCCGUCCUCUACAGCGGGAAGGCCCUGCUGACCCUGGACUGCAUCAACAGGGACAGCCUGCCCUCGUGGAAGGUGGGCAGCUUCAGCACGCUGGCCGUGCCGGACCCCUUGAAGGAGGUGCUGGAGGACCCUGAGCUGUACAAGCAAGCCGUGGGCAUCCUGAAUGGUGUGCGCUCGCCCCGCUGCUGCCUGCGUUACCUGGGCUGCAGGGUCAUUCUCGCCAUAGUCCUGAUUUUCCUCUCUGUGGUUUCGGUGUUCUUACCCUUGGUCUUGGGGCUCCGGGAGCUCCACCCAGCUCAGAGGUUCCUCGUAAUCAGCGCCAAUGCAUUUUUCUGCCCCUUUUUCAUGAUCUUAAGCGUCAACACCCUGUGCUGGCUCCGAAGGUCUUCCAAGAAGACCCUGCGGGAGCUGGCGCGCCGCGUCGGGGAGGCCAACCUGCUGCUGGCGCCGCACUCGGUGCUCAUGGGCUGCGAGACCAAGAACAAGCUCCACUUCGUGUAUGUGCUGCUGGGCGACUGCAAGCAGACCUUCCUGGGCGCCCCCGAGGGCGAGGCCGCGUUCCAGGAGGCCAUCCUGCGGUUUGCAUCCAGCUAUGCCUGCUGCCUCGCCCAUGCGCACUUCCCCCACUGGGAGGAGGCCGCGGGGGCCCCGGGCCACCUAGAGGUGGGCCCGUGCUUCUGCCAGUUUGUGUCUCUGCAGCUGAGGAGACUCGGGGGGGUCGGGGUGAACCCCGUGUGAUGGUCUGAGGGCAGAGGCGGGGCCCCUUGCUGGACACCCGGCUGCCCCUGGGGGUCCCUGCGGCCUGGGCUGCCCUGAGCCCUGGGGGGUGCACACAGGCAUCUCCCCACGGUCCACUGUGCGCCCCGCACGGUCAGACCCAGCUGACUGCAGGCUCCCCUCCAGCUGCCCCAGCCCCUCCACUGCGGACCUGGGGCUGGCAGUGGGCGUGUCUUGGGCCGCUGCGCCCUCUCUGGAGCGGAGGCGUCCGCAGAGGGCUGGCGUCUCCCAGCCCACUGCCCCCGGAAGUGGGCUUCUCUUCUGCGGACCCAGUUACUCCCCGGAAGAAUGGCCUGGGCGUGGGGACGGCAGGGUGGCACCUGAGGGCCCUGUCUGAACUGCGAUGCCCCAUCGUUCUGCGUGCAGCCAGGAAGCGGGACUCUGGCCCAGGCCCCCGAGGUCCCUACACACCAAGGCAGGACCGCGGAGGUGUGCAGUGGACCUCGGUCUCUGCCCUGGCUUCAGUUUACCGAUCUGCAGGUGAGCAGCUGGCAUCCAAGUCCAGUGCUGGGCAAAUGCUCCUGCCCUCCUCUGGGAGCCCGUGGUCCACAGCCGGGUGCGGUGCUGGCAAGGGCUCGGCUAAGCCCCGCGUGGUAUCGCGGCUCCACAGCCACUCUGACCGGGUAGACUUGCAGUCCAUCAAGCGCAGCCCAGGACGGCAGCCCCUCAAGGGGCCUGCCCAGCCGCCCUGAGCCACAGCGCCCUCCCUCCCAGGCCUGCCGGCAUCCCUUAGAGGAAGCCUCCAGAGUGGACCCGGCCCCACCCAACCCAGCCCAGCCAAGGGACCCUGAAGCACUCUCCCUACCCCCGACUCAAGCCCGUGCUCUGGUCCCAACCGCCCGCCCCUGCGGGAACUCGCUUUCCUGUCUCAUCGUCCCCUGUGGUCUGUCGAACUGGAGGCCGGCUCCAGGCUUCACGGGUCACCUUGGUUCUGGAGCUGGGGUGGCACAAGAAGGGUUCCCCAGAGGAGACUGGCCAGCGUGUGAGGGCCCCGAAGAGGAGGCUCUGGGCCAGGGGCAGCAUGAGCAAAGGCGCCGGGCAGGAGGGCCCCGACCUCGGGGGCCCUGUGACGGGCUCCGCCACAGCCUCUCCCUGGCCCAUGGGACCUGCAGCCCCUGCACGGGGCUGAUGGGGGAGCAGUGUGGCCAGGACGCGGCGAUGGAUGCUACCCAGAGGGGGCACAUCCUGUGAGCCCUGAGCUCACUGAAUGGCCUUGGUCCCAGAACAUUCCAGGGGGACAGCGGUGAAGCAGCUGGACCCCCCCCCACCCCCGAGGGUCCCAACACCUGGCCUCUCAGAUGCCCAAGGCAAGGUCGCUGUUGGGCCUCACGUGGAGAAGGAACCUCAAGGAGCAGUGGGGGCUCCUGUUGCCUUCCAGGGAGGCCCCCCGCCCCCAACAACUCCACUGGGUCCUCUGUCCCUGGCAAAGUCUCAGCACAUGGCCGUCACACCAGCUCCAGACCAGAACUGACUCCUAGAUCGCACAGGUGGCACCCACAGGCCACACUGGCCUCACCUGACCAGCCCGAGGGUCCAUUCAGUGCCCAGGGUGUCUGUACCAGAGAGCACAAGCCCUGGGUGCAGAACCGGGCAAAUGGUUGCCCUUUCGUGCCAGACUCUUGGUUCGCAGCACUGGGAGCCGGGGCCAGGGCUGGGGGCGGGGGCCCGAGGCCCCGCUGUGGGCACACACACACACGUAUGCAUGCCCGUGGCCCUGUGGCUCCUGAUGGCAGCGGCAUUCCUACCCUGUAGUGCCAAGCCAUGGCAGACAGGCAAAAAGAAGGGUAGUCUGUCACUUCAAGAGGCUGAGAUUUUUCAUCAUGAAUUAGCACAUUUGUGCAACAAGAAAGAGAAAACGUUUAAACGAGCCGUUCCACGGAAUGGUCUCUCACAGGCGUGUGGGAAAUCCCAGCCACUUUUGGACUGUGUGGGGGCAGGUAGGCCCUGCCGUAGCCAGCCCUGGGGGCUCUAUGGGGCUCUUGGGGCUUGGCCGCCCCACUCCUGUUCCUGUGCAGAUCCUGCCGUCGAGGUGGGGCAGCAUCAGGUGUGGGGGUGUUAGAUCUGGAGGAGUGGUCCCCCGAGAGUGCCCCUGGUUUCCAGGGUGUUGGGGGCCCCCAGGAUGGUCAGCCUCCAACACAGCUCCCUACUCCAGGGCUGCAUGACCCAGGCCUGCUGCUCCAGGAUACCAGGACCCCUGCCCACCUCUCCGCAGCCUGGACCCAGGGCUGCCCAGGGUCACACUGCCUGCUGUGGCCUCCAAGCCUCACCACCAGCACCAGUGGCUAGAGGGUGGGGCACCCGGGAGUGGAGUACUCACGGUGGAAGUAGGAGGAGAGGACCCCCAGUGGCCCAGGACAGCACCCCGACCCCCACUCUGGGCAGGUGAGGGAUCUUUGUGGGCAGACGCCCUGGGAAGCGCUUCUGCUGGGCCUGGGGCUAGCUCUCAGUGAGGUGACAGGCAGGGGGGCGCUGAGGCUUUGCCCAGUGCUGGGAGCCCCUCACAAGGCUGCUGGUCACCAGUCUGGCAUGCCACCUGCUGGGGUGCACCCCGCGGACUCUGCCGAGACCCCCACCUUGGCCCUGAGGUUUCCCAUGAGACAAAAGAGGAAGGCGGCCACAUCCUGUGACCCCUUAUCCCAGCUCAGGCCUGGAUUCAGCAGUCGUGACCUGGGACUCUGAGUGAUCAGGUCCCUGGGCCCCAUAGGAUCCUCCAGGGGCUUUUAGGACCCCUGAUAUUCCCCAAGGUUUUCUAGGCCCCUCCACUGACCCUCCACCUGGCUGAACUCUGCCCUGUGGGUCAGGUGAGCCUUACCAGGGGUGGUUGGGAUGAACCAGAGCUGUCCUUGCCAUAAUCUUCACCCAAGGGGACAGGGAGGUGGGAUUCGGCCUGAAGUCAGCAGAGGGCUGUCCUGCACCUGCUCUGGGUGUCCUGGGCACUGUGUCGAGGCCAUGAACCAGAGUCCUCUCCCCAGAGGUCCAUCCCAAGGGGGAGACUUGGGUGGGGCCUGGAGGCAUCAGGUGAAGCUGGGACAGAGAGGGCAGGUCCCAGCUGCCUUUCUAGACAGUCCCCACGGGUCUCAGGGUCCAGCCGUAGCUGAGAGACAUCUUGGCCAAGAAGACAGCUGGGCUGCCUGGCACUGCGGGGGUCCACACAGGUGACUGGGCUGCUGUGAGGACAAGCAGCAGCGGGGGUGGGGGUCCCCUGCAGGAUGCCUUUGAUGGGGGUGGGGUGCAAAAGGCACCCUGGAGCUGGGAGCUGGCAGGGUGACCCUAGGGGCUUGGGAAGCCUGGCUCCAGAGCGAGUGGCCCAUAUGCCCAGGCAGACCCUGCUCCAGCACCCCAACUUGGGGGGGCUUGCCCAGGUCCUAGUUUUACAGACAAGGAGACUGAGUUUCGGGGGGCUGGCCCCAGAGACUGCACAGCUCCACACCACCAGGGUAGGGCUGCAGCCAACUCCUGCUGCUGGCCCAGGUCCCUGCCUCAUGGUCCUGGCUGCAGGGUGAGUGGCAGGAAACCGGAGGGGGGAUAUCCCACCUGUGGAUGUGGCCACUGGCCGGCAGGUUUGGGAGUCCCCGUCCAACACCCCAGGCAGCUGACCCUCUGCCAGCCCCUACCCUCUGUGUGUGUGUGUGUGUGUGUGUAGGGAGCUGCAUUGUUGACGCCUGGGGGGGAGGUGGGAGUGCGUGUGCACACACUGUUGGCAUGUGAGCGUGUGCCUGUGUGCAUGCAACUGUGUACCCUUGGGCUCUGCAUCCAAGGAUUAAACCAAUUCCCCAUCAGAAAUACUCAAAAAAAAAAAAAAAAAAAUUCCAGAACGUUCCAAAGAGCAAAACUUGAAUUUGUCAAGCUGGUAACUAUCUACAUAGUAUUCACAUGGUAUUAGGUAUUAUAAGUAAUCUAGAGAUGAUUUCAAGUAAGCGGGGGGAUGUGUGUAGGUUACAUGCCAAUAUUACACCAUUUUCUAUAAAGGACUUGAGCAUCCUUGAAUUUUGGUGCCCACAGACUUCACUAUCUGUGGGUGGGGGGGUUGGUCCUGGAACCAAUCCCUGAAGCACCAAGGGACGACUGUAUGUGUGCAUGUGAGUGUGUGCACACGUGUGCACACGGGACCCUGGAAAGGUCACUACCACAUCGUAGCGUGGGGGGCAGGGGAGGCGGGCGGAGGGGACGGUCCUGGCUGCCUUGUUCUACUAAAGAGUCUGCACUGCAGGCUGGGCCUACCGCAGGGGGCCCGGCAGGCCACCCCAAGCCAGGUCCCAGCCCACACCCUGACGCAGGCCGGAACCCACAGCCCUCUUGGUCUGAGUCCAUCCCGGAAGCGUGUCCUGGAGCCAGCAGGGUGCUGCCUGCCCCGCGCGUGAGCCCGUUGGGCUGAGGGAGCCCACAGGAUGUGCGGGGGAGGGGGGGGCCCUGUUGUGUCUCUCUCAGCUUAGGUGCACCCAAGGGGGUGAGGGAAGCAUCAGUUCAUGAUAUUUGCUACUGAAAACCCAGGAAAGCCUUAAGAGGAUAUAGCACAGGUGAAUUGUUUUAAUUUGAAAUGGUUUAAAUUUCAUCUCAACACCCUUGGGUUUUAAUUCUAGGAGGUGAAGGAAUUUCAGUUUAAGAUCUGAUUCUGACCUUGUGGUGUUAGGCGGUGUCCUGAGAAGCAGGCUGUUAAAACGUUCAAAGAUUCCUGGGGUUUGAAACCCUUAGGAAAUCUAAUUAAUGAAGUUUGUCUCUUUGGGGAAAUGUCUUAAAAAGUUCAGAGGGAUUAAAUAUACUAAAUGGAUAAGA